GGAAAUGAGUGCCACAAGUAUCGAAGAUCUCUAUGUGGACUGCCUAUACCAUAUAUUUGAAUAUUUGUCCCCCGAUGACCGUCUUACUUUCGCACAAGUAUGCCGGAGAUUUCGUCAGGUUUUCAUCAAGCAGUACAGUAGUAAAUACCGGGAAUUUACCCUCGAUAAAGACAGUUCGAAUCCAGAGCUGAUACAAUUUUGCAUCUGUCGGGAAGCGGUAGAGUCAUUAACCAUCGAUCUGGAUCACUUUGAUACCGCCAGGUGCUACAGAACCUAUGGAUGUGUAGCCCCGGUAAACUGUUUCGAAAUUCUCUACCAGACUUUGACCGGCAUGACAAGCCUAGAGAAGUUGGUUAUAAAUCAGCUGUAUAUGCUAAUCACACCCAUUGUCAAGCCCUUCGAUCAAAUUCUGACUGCCGUAAGGCAUUUGCCAGAACUGAAAAGAUUGGAAAUUCAUGCAAAAGACGACUGCAUUGUGGAUCGACUGGCUCAACUUCAGCACCUCGAAAGCCUGCAGCUCCUCAUACCAAAAAUUCCCACUCCAAUUCUGGUGAAAUGCUGCAAAUCCAAUGGCAAUCUUCGCAUCCUUCACUUGGGCUAUGGUUGUGUGCAGAAGAAUUUAAGAGACAUGGUGCCCCACUGCAAGAAUUUGGAGGUUCUAAAGUUCGGCAUGACUGCAAAGUCUUCGGAAUACAUUCCACUGGCUAGGCUUCCGAAACUCAAGGAGCUCUCGUAUUCCGGAGUUCGCAGGAGCGGCUCCUUUGAGCCACUUCUUUCGGCUUUGGCAGUCAAAUCACAGUUGACGCACCUGUCCAUCGAUGGAGGCAGUCUUACUCUGCAGGAGACCAGCCAGUUGGUGCGUAUCCAGAGCUUAAGGAACCUAAAGUGCUACUGCUCAACGACUGAUUGCGUGGAGAUGUUGGCCAGUCUAGCUAAUCUAGAGGAACUCUGCCUCUCCGUGUACCGACCAUUGGAUAUUUCAAUCUCACUACUGCCAAUCAUUGCAAGCUGUAGAAACAUGAAACUCCUUCGAAUAGCAGUCGGUAAUGUCGAUAUAAAAUUUGUAAACGAUGCCAUUAGACUUCAUAACACUGAAGCAGCUGAUUCGAUGGCAUUGGUAGUAGAUAAAUAGUAAAUAUUAAUAUAAGAAUUUACUAAAAUGUUCUCAUUGAUGUAAGGCACGAAACAACUAGAGAAGUUAAAGUUGCAUUUUAAACAAUAA